AAAAUUUGUUUGUUUGUCAAAAGAAAAAUGGCUUCCCCCAGAGAAGAAGGCGAAUUGCUGGAAAGCUCAAGUGAUAGUUCUGAUGAAGAAGAUUCUGAAGAAGAACCAUCGGGAAAACCCGGACCGACUGCUGUCAAGUUUAAAAAUGACGGAAGUUUCCUGGAAAUGUUCAAAAAGAUGCAGGAAAACAAUCAAACCCAAGUACCUGAGAAGGCUGUACACGAACAGCAGCUGGUGAAAGAUACAGACACUUCUUCUUCAGCUGAAAAGAAAUGCUCUACGAAAAAGGAAGAAGAACCAGCAGCCUCAGCAGCAUCACCACAGCCUGUUCAACAGAAGAAACCUGGUCUCAUGUCCAUCGUUGGAAAACGCCGUGGUGGCAAAUCCCUUCCCGUUGGAGUUGUUAAGAAGCAGAAACGACCCGAGGAAGAAGAAGAAAGUAGUGGGAAAACAGAUGCCUGGUCCCAGUACAUGAGUGAAGUGAAGAAAUACAAGGAACGGCUUGGUGAUGAAGAGGAGAAGAACCGACCCUUGGUCAAGUGAUUUUCAAACAAUUCCUUUACGGGUGUGUGUUGACAUUUGUCUAAUUUGCUUGUGAGUGUGCUUGAAUAACAAAUUAAUGAAGAAAAAAAACCCUUGAUACACAUUUUGAAAUGAAAA